GGUGGAGCUUUGGCAUCAUUUCUAGCGAUUGAUAUCAAACGUUAUAUUCUAGAUCCAAUACUUGAUGAAAGAAUAAAUGGAAUUCCUUUCAAUAUUAAUUUAACAACUAUUGGUGAACCACGCGUUGGAAAUGAAGUUUACGCAAAAAUAAUUAUGAAUGAAUUAAUUUUUCAAACUACUCCACUUAAACAUCAUGUAUCAAGAAUAACACAUCGAAAUGAUGUGAUUACUCAUCUUCCACCAUCCAAAAGUGGAUUUGUACAUCAUCCUCAUGAAAUAUGGGUUAAAAAUAUUGAUGAAACUUAUAUUUGUAGAGAUAUUGAUUAUGGUGAACCAUCUGAUGAUCUUUCUUGUAGUGCUGGUGCUUUGUUUUUUGAUAUUAGUGUACAUUUAUUUAUUUGGGAUAUUAAUUUUACUCCUCUUUGUACAUGUGAUACGUGA